AUGGAAUACUCUACCCAUGUGUUAGUCCAGCAAGUACCAAUAAGCGAACAGAAUUUUGAAACAAAGUUACAAGAUGUAUCUAAUCAAAUAACAUCAAAUGGUUAUUCUUGUCCAACUGUAUUUGCUCCAUUAAACAAUAUUAUUGUACAACAAGCCGCUAUAUCAUCUAGUCAUAUUGCAUUUUUAUUACAAGAUGGACGAAUUUGUCGUAUUUCUUACCGUGUACUGGCUGAUAAAAUCGAACCAGUACCACCUGAAACUACGAAGAGUAAACCAAAAAUUAUCCAACCUACUCGUCCACAAUCACGUACAUCAAUCAGACCUGGUUUUGAACGACCAAGUUUUGAAAAUUUAGUUUUAUCAUCCUCAGUUGCCGCUGCUCAAGCUUCAGGUACUACUGCUGUAACAACAAAUUCGACUGCAGGACAGUCAGAUAUUAUCCCACAAUUACAAGCCGGAUAUCCACUGAGUCGACCGAGACAUCAUCUCAUUCGAACAGCACGCGGUCGUACAGGAAUUAUAUUUGGAUCAAGACCGUUAAUACCCGCAUCCAGUGUACCAGAAGAAUUAAUUGAACAAGUUCAUGUUGUUUUACAAGGCAAAUCUCGAAAUGUUAUCAUUCGAGAAUUACAACGAACAAAUCUCGAUGUAAAUAUGGCUGUUAAUAAUUUAUUAGCUCGAGACGACGAGGGAGAUGACGAUCUCGAUGAUGAUUAUGUUGGUGCUGAUUUGAUUUCAUUACUUGAUGUUAAUCCACACGGUGAAUCUGGUAUUAUAUUAGAAUCAGAAUUUUUUGAUGAAGCAGAUUUUGCAUUACGUUACAAUAAUAUACAACGGCGCGUAUCAGCAAGAAUAGGCAGUGGAAAUGGUUCUGGAUCUAGUGCAGCUGCAGCUGCAGCAGUAGCUACUGCCAUCGAUGGUAGUUCCGGUUCUUUGUCCUCUUCGACAAAUCCAUCAACGGUUGUUGCCUCAGCACCAUCCUCUACCUCAAAUUCAUCGGGUGAACGUAAACGAAGUCGCUACGAUCCUCGGUGGUUAGAUGGUUCAUUGCGUGAAGAAUUAUUUGGUCGAAUUGAGCGUGAAUUAAAAGCAGAUGAUCUUUCAAUCUCUAAAGAACAAUUAACGAAUGGUUCUCUUCCGUCUAAGACAACGAAACUACAACAACUGCCACAAGCACACCAUCAUCACUCUCAUUCUAAUAAUUACAAUCAACAUUCAUCAGUCUCAUCGGCAACUUCACUUCAACAACAGCAACAACCUCAAUCGAUCAAUUCUUCUGUGAAUAUUGUUCAACAAACAAAUCCAAUUACAUUUGGAGAUCAAUUGGAAUAUUGGACUGAUGGAGACAAUAAUUAUCUUCAUUUUACUCAUAUAGCCUGUCUUUAUUCCGAAUUAAUUGCAAUAAAUAUAUCAGGUGAGCUAUGUCAAUGGCGGUGGAUCGACGAUUAUCCAUAUCAAGAUCCGGAUAAUUCUCAAAUAAAACAUCCGAAAACCUCUAUGUUAUUGUUAACAAAUGAAAAAUUAAUCUCACUCUCUGCAAAUAUCAUUCGUGCAUCAGUAUUAACGGAAACAAAUAAAGUUGCUACAUGGAUCGAUGAAACACUUGGACAACAAGUGAGCGUGAAAUUACAACAUCAAGCUCAAGAAUUACCAUUUUCGACACAACAACAAAUAAUUGAAAUUCAAACAUCACCAUUAUUUACAGUUGUUCGUACAGAUUUAAAUGAAAUAUAUUGGUAUGGCAUUUUACCAACAAAACAACGUAAAAAGUUAUUAGAACGAAUUAAAGAUAAAACAAGAAAACAUCGUUCGACUAAUGUACAUUCUCAUCAUUUAUCAACAUUAUCACAGCAAAUAACACAAGGUUGUUCAGUCUGUCUAAUAUCAAAUCCGUAUUAUAAUCAAGGAGCAUGGGGUUUUUAUAUCAAAGAUGGGCAGCCAAAAUUUGGUCAGCUGAUGGAGCAAGCAUGGGUAUUGACAAAUACAGCCAGAUUCAAAAUUAAAACACCAGACUCGUUUACAACAAGUUCGUCAUUGGCGGCUGCUGUGGCACGUUUAUCGGAAUGUGAUAAAAGUCAAGUGGAAAUGCCACCACCACCAUCACCGGCUUCUUCCACAUGCAGUGUCGAUUCAUCAACCGGUUAUAGUGGCUUAAAACGCAGGAAACAAAGUACAUCAGCAAUUCCUCCAUCAUCUCAAUCAACAUCUACUCAACCUUUAAUUAAUAACGCAUGUACCACUUCGGCAUUAAUUGAUAAUAGUAAUGAUGAGCAUCAGAAUAAAAUAAAAGAUGAAGAAUAUUGGCCUAUUGAAGAAGUUGUAUUUAUUGAAGAUUGUAAAGUAGCUCCAAUUGGUAAAGUAAUUAAAAUCGAUGGAUCACUUGUACUUGUACGAUUUCCAUCUAAAAUCAACACUCAUCCUAUACAAAAUACAAAUGAAAUGUCAAUGGAGACAAAUACGAGUGAAUUAGAUAAUUGUCGAAUAUUAAGAAAAGAUGAUCUACAAAUUGUCAAAGGAAAUAUGACACCAAAAAUACCUGAUUGUUCAUUAUCCAUAGCAAAUUCCAAAAAAAUAUCACUUGAAAAUGGUACAUUAUUGACAUUUUCUAUUGACAAAGAUUAUUUGCAUACGCUACAAUUACGUGAAACAACUGUAUAUUAUAUCCAAUAUGAAAUUGGCAGUAACAAUGGACAAUGUCGAAGUAUUCGUCAAAAUUUUUUACCAUCUAUAACAAAUCGUCAAUCGUUAAUAUCAUUUCUUGGUAGUAAUACAACAAAUUUAUCUACUGCAAUCUCGUCAUCAUCACUUCGUUUACAUACAUUGAAUACCAAUGAAAUUCCUCAUGUACUACUAGAUGGUAAUAAAACAUUUUAUCCAUUUGUCUAUAAUCAAGAUUUAACAAAUAUCAAAGAUCCACAAUGGAAAAAUUUAUUGCCUUUAAAUUAUUUUCAACAACAAAUUGUCCCAAUUAAAAAUGCUGAUCAUUUACCAAAAAGUCAUAUUAUUCUGAGUAUAAUGCAAAUACAAAAAGGAUUAUUGAUUCCACACAUUUUAAGAUACGAUUACGAUAAAAUUCGUUCCAUUCUUAAUGAAAUUGAAACAACAAAAAAUAAAGAUUUAUUAAAAUUAAUUUUAAAUGAACGAUUAGAUGGAUGUCGAAAUAUAUUUCAUGCAUGUGUUGCGAUUUGUGUACCAUUAUCAAAUAAAGAUUAUUCAACAGUUGAUACUCUUGAUUUAUUACAGCCUACUACACCUUUAUCUACAACAACAGCGACUGCCUCUUAUCCGUGGAAUCCUGUUACAAAUAAUAACGAAAAUAAUAAUAACUCGAAACGAAUUUCAUUUUCUAUUGAUCUUUUACAUAAUCAGACAAUGAAUACAUCAACAACUUCGAAUAAUGAUCAUAAUUAUCAGGGAACAAGGACAAGAACAAAUGAACGAUCUGAAGUGAGCACAUGGCCAUCACCACUACCUCCAUCACAAACAAACGAAACGGAGAAUACUCAGCAACAAUCAUCAACAGUUUCUGCUCCCCCACAACAAGCACAAACGGCACCAAACUUUUACAGAAGUUUAUCAGCUGGCAAUCAGACAAAUAGUACUAGUUCAUUAUCAUCGUCCAGUAAUACGAAUACAAAUACAUUUUCUUCUAAAUUUCAACAAAUACAAUAUUUACAACAUCAGUUUCAACAACAACAGCAAGCAAUUGCUGCACUCGCAGCAACAAAUGCCAAUGGAAGUAAUGGAUCAGCUGUGGGAGGUUCUUCUCAUUCGUCAGGAUUAUCUGCAACUACAAGUUCACAACCAGUGUUUGGACCCGUCAUAUAUGCACAAAAUACGUCAUCAUAUCAACAAGGUAGUCGUUCAUCUCGCACAACUACCGUUGAUAAUGAAUAUCAAAUAUGGUCAUCAGUAAAGUACGAUGAAAAAGAACGUCGUUUACGUUCAAUUAAAAUAUUACAUCUACUGCUCGAUUUUCCAUUAUUUCAAGAAUAUUUAAUUGAUUUACUAAGUUUUCGUAAUGUUGAAGGAUCAACGCCAUUUAUGUCUGCUGUCAAUUCUCGUGCUUACAAUUGUGCAUUAAUUUUAUUUGAGUAUGCAUCAAAAUUAGCCAAAAAAGAAUGUUUGACCAAAAUUACUCAAGCAAAUAGUUAUGAUCAUGAACAACAACAACGAAACGAACAAUUCUUUCUUGACAAUACAUCCACAUCACCGCCAUUAUUUGAAUCAACAAUCAAUUGUUUGAAUGUUUCAAGUAUAAAUCGUUCAGAAUAUCAAUCAAUAUUAAUGAAAAUGAUUUAUCCAUCUGAUAGUACAAAUUUCGAUGAUUCUCCAUUAUAUACAAUUUGCACAAAUGAUACAUGUUCAUUUACAUGGACCGGUGAAGAUCAUAUAAAUCAAGAUAUAUUUGAAUGUAAAACAUGUGGUCUACAUGGUACUCUCUGUUGUUGUACAGAAUGUGCUCAAACAUGUCAUAAAGGUCACGAUUGUCGUCUUAAACGUACAUCACCGACUGCCUAUUGCGAUUGUUGGGAAGUAUGUAAAUGCAAAUCAUUAAUCAGUGGUGAACAAUCAAAACGUUUAGAAUUAUUUAAACUUCUAUUAUUGGAAACAAAUUUAGUACAAAUGAAAAAUAAUCGUUAUGAAAAUAUUUUACUUUAUUUAACACAAACAGUUGGUAGACAAAUUAUUGAACAACAACAAUUUGGUAAAAAUACACAAUCAACUCAACAGCAAUUACAACAGACCAUUCAACAAGCAAAACAACAGCGAGCAACUGGUGGAGUAUCUGCACAAACAAAAAAAUUAACACAUACACAACAAUUGAAUGGAUCAGCGAACAAUAUAAAUAAUUCUCAAACGGAUACUAAUGAUGGGCAGGGACAAUUAACAAUCAUUAUACCCGAUCAUGAUCUUGAACCAUCACAAUUUUGUCGUCGUGCAUUAGAAUUAAUAUUAGCUGAUUGGUAUGGUGUUAAAUCAAUGUUACUAAGUGGUUGUAAAAGUGAUGAUCCAAGUACAAAAAAAGUGUCGGUUCAACAACAGCAGCCAUUACCCUCAUCAUCAUUAUUAUCUUAUAAUAAUGAAUCGUUAUUUUCUCUUGAUCAACAACAAUUAACAACUCAGUUAGAUCGUUUUACUUAUUUUCUAUUGGCAAAAUGUAAUAUUAAACAAGGAAGUACAAUUACGACAAAAAAUCAACAAUCAUCACAAAAUCAAAAUGAUAUGAUUGAUAUUUUAUUGCAAACAUUAUUAAAAGAAAUGGCAAAUCCUGUUAAUAAACAAUUAGCAAAAUAUGCUGCAGCCAGAUUUGUAAGAAGUGUUUUGAGAUUAUUUGUCACAUUGACUAUUGAAUCUCAACCAGAUAAAUCAAUAUCAACAUCUGGAAUAUCUACAACAAAUAGUAGCAAUAUCAGUGGUACAAAUGGAGGAUUAAGACGUUUCAUUUCAACAACAACCGUGAAUGGAACAACAAUCACAGGAACAGGCACAUGUUAUCCACAAUCACACACAACAACAUCAUCGAUGAUUAUUCAACAUUGUAAAAGAAUAUUUCAUACCUUAAUUAAAAUAUCGAUUAGAGAAUUGGCCAGUAUGGCUGAAGCAUUAAUAGCACCGGUUAGAUAUGGAUGUGCAAAACCAACAGCAUAUUUUCAACUUGUUUCAACAACUACAGACGCUAUACAGAGCUUAGAAGAAGUAUUCAAUGUUGAUUCUCAAUAUUACCGCGCUUAUCAAGAAAACAAUUUAUCAAAUGUGAACGCCGUGUCCUCAUCUAAUGGUGUUGGAAAUAUAAAUAAUGUACGACGAACAUUAUCUUCGACAUCAACAAUGGGUGUUGGAUCAGCCACAGUGACAACUACAACUGCUGCUCCAACAAUAAUUACAACAUCGUACGAUAGACGAUCACGUGAUUCACGUCCAGGUGUUUCAAAUGAUGAUAAUUAUGCGGAUAUUGUUGAACAAGAUUUAGACAAUGAUUUAGAAACGGGUGUCGGAGCAGUAGAUGAUGAUGAUUCCGAUACACAAUCUCAACACGGUGGAACCGAUCGAAUACCAACUGGGACAGGUAGCAGUGGAACACGUGAUGGAGGUACAGGUGUUUUAAGUGAUAAUGAAUCUGAAAUGGAACUAGAAUUAUUAGCUGAAUCCGAUACAGACAAUGAAAGUAACAGAAGUGCAAUAUUAUCGAACGCACAACGUACAUCUGCAACAGCUGGAAGUGAUCCUGGUAUGACUUUAUUUUCUGAUGACGAUAGUGGAGAAUCGACAAAUGAUGAUGCUGAUAGUGUUCGAAGUGACAGCGUAUUAGAUGAAACAAGCCAACAAGAAUUAAUGUCGUUUGACGAUAAUCGAGAUCAAAUGAGUACUACAACAACUAUAGGUGAACGUAUGUCAAGUCAACAGCCUCCAACGCUCACAGGAACAACGACCACAACGGUUCCCACACCGGCUUACCAAACAAGUAAUACAACUUCAACACGUUUAACAACAACUACUCGUACACAAGCUUCACUAUUUGGUGAAACACAUCUUCGCCGUCAAAUUCAACCACUGAAUGCAUCAACCGGUCAACAACAACAACAACAACAAACGAUCCAGCAGUCAUCUCAUCAACAUCAGUCUCAGCAACAGCAACAACAAAACAACAUUUCAUCCACAAAUACAACGAAUGUAAUGUUAGCUCGAGCAUUUUCGAUUUUAAUUAAACAAAUGACAGAUCUUUUACUUAAAUGGACGGCAUCAUCAGCCACAUGUGAAACAUUUUCUCCGUUAUAUCACGAUAUUAUACCAGACAAUUCAACACAGUUGAAUACAGAUUCAACCGAUACAAUAAAUAUGAUUCAGACUGAAUUAGAGCAAAAGUUAUUACCGACGUGGCAAUGGUUUUGUACAAUAAUGGAUUCGUUUGAAUCUCAAAUAAGAUUUGGAGUAUCGUUGAGCAAUCUUCUUUCAAAUGAAACAGACACAACAAUACAAGGAAAUCGAUUUCUAAAAACGAUAAUUGAACGAGCACAAGUUGAAACAAAAAAGAAAACAAUAACAAAUCGCUUAAACGUAAAUCCACAACCAACAGAACCCGUUAUCAGUAGUCGUCGAGAUUCUCUUAAUUAUGUAUUUUCAUUAAUGCGUAUGCCUGAAAAUGAACAUGGUGAUCAAAUACCAAUUAUAGAUGUUCUCUCCUAUAAACAUAUUGCUUAUAUAUUUGACUCAUUUAUUUAUUAUCUGAAAGAAAGUCAAGAACAGGAUUCUUCAACAUUUAAAACAUUACAAUAUCAAACAUACAACAGAAGAGAUAUUGAUGAUCGAAUUACAAAUGAAUCAAAUACGGAAGAUACAAAUGAUGAUCAUUCAGAUACUCCAACUACACUAUUUCAUGAUCAAUUUUUCCAUCGUUCCAAUUCAACACUUUGUCUUGGCUCAUUAGCACCCGAUCCAUUUUUAACACCAAUCGAUGAUUCAUUACCGUUAGCUUGUCGUCCACAAUUGUUACAGCCCGUAUGUCGAAAAGAAGAUUUAUUUGGACGAUUUUUGUAUGAGAAUGCUGCUCAACGUUAUGCACAAUUAUCAAAUCGUCUCGGACUAUCGGAUCGUCAAGAUUCUAUACCAAAUUUCAUACAGCCAAAUUAUUCAAAAGGAUUUAAACAACAAAGUCAAGAUGACAGUGAAAUACCAAGUAAUAAACCGGCAAAAACGCAACAACGAGAUGAUGAUCGUAUGGCUGUUGAUGUUUUGCUUGAUUUAAGUUCUGGUUUGAGUAUCACCAGUAAACAACAACUGAAUAUGCCAACAAACAACAGACAAUUUUCAACAUUACCGAUGACACUACCUACAAUAUCAACUCUACCCACUGGCUCUUAUGAAUAUCUAAUGACUAGAUGGCGUUAUAGUCUUGAUUUAUUUGUAAAAUUAUUUAUUGAUGAUAUUGGAGCUGAGCCAGGAUCAAUUAUAUAUGAAUCCGGUGGAUUUCAAGCACGUGAACAACGUUUUAGACACGAUAUGGAACGUUUGAAAAAUUUACAUCAGAAAGAUAUUCGAUUUGAAUCCAUGGAACGUGAUCGUACAUUACUCAUCCAAAAAACAUUUCGUACAUUAAAUUCUCAUUACUAUCGAACUCAAAAUAUAAAUCCAUCAUCGACAACACCUCCAUUAGCUGUCCAACGAGUGAAAGUGACAUUUAAGGAUGAACCAGGCGAAGGAAGUGGAGUAGCAAGAAGUUUUUAUGCAGCUAUUAUUGAGGCGAUAUUAUCGGAUGAAAAAUUACCACAUUUGGAAAUUGGCUCGGCAUCGGCUGCCACUGCUUCUCAAUCAACACAUCAACGUCAACAACGUUCAAGAGAAAGUCGUACAUUAGCAACCUAUUUACGUCGUUCAAUGUUACUCUCACCUGAUGCUCGUUCAUUCAAACCAAUUUUAUCACCGUCAGGUUCCCUAGUCUCAUCAACUUCCAAUACAGUCGGAAAUCCAACAAUAACUUCAACAACAGAUUCUACUAGCUCAAAUGAAUCGUCUGCUGAUCACUGGACACCGAGUAAAAUUAAAAUUGGUUUAGCAAUUUAUCCAAAAGUAGCUGCUAUACAACCGUUUCAUGCUGAAAAAAUAACUGGUAUGCUACUAGAAGGUUUACCAACACCACAGUUACAACGGAUAAGUUCAAGUUCAAACGACGAUGAUUUAAGAGUAAAGAUUGAAGAAGCAAUGAAUGUAUUGGCAUUAAAUAGUAUACGAGAAACACCAAUAGAGUCGACAUCGUCAUUGUCCACUAAACAAUCUCAACAACAACAACAACAACAAUCGUUGUCACCUCAACCACAACAAACAACGUUUGAUAAACGUUUAGAUGAGUAUGCACCAUUAUUUUGGCAACCGGAUAAAAAAGAAUUUUAUGCACCAAGACCGGGAAAAUAUACAACAGAACGAUUAACAGCUUAUAGAAAUGCCGGAAGAUUAAUUGGUUUAUGUUUACUUCAAAAUGAAUUACUUCCAUUACCAAUGUGUCGUCAUGUCAUUAAAUAUAUUUUAAAUCGUCCCAUCCGUUGGCAUGAUUUAGCCUUUUUCGACUCAUCUAUCUAUGAAAAUUUACGUCGUGCAGCAUAUGAUGCUGAGAAAACAAAUGGACAUAGUGUGAAAGAUUUACAUUUAACAUUUUCUUUAACUUGUACAGAUAAAGAAGGCGGUGAAACAUACGAUCUUAUUACUAACGGAUCAUCAAAAGAUGUAACUUAUUCAAAUCUAUAUGAUUUUAUUAAACAUUAUGCUGAAUUCAGAAUGGUUAAAUUAGUUGAACAAUCACUUCAUAACAUUCGAUUGGGUGUAUUCGAUGUAAUACCAUCAAAUGUGUUGGAUGGUUUAAGUGCAGAAGAUUUUCGUCUAUUAUUAAAUGGAAGUGGAAGUAUAAAUAUAAAAACAUUGAUGAAUUAUACAACAUUCAAUGAUGAAAGUGGUGAAGCUGGUGAUCGAAUUACUCAAUUUAAAAAAUGGUUUUGGUCUGUACUAGAAAAAUUUGGAACGGUUGAAAAACAAGAUCUGGUAUAUUUUUGGACUGGUAGUCCGGCAUUGCCUGCCUCUGAAGGUGGUUUUCAACCCAUGCCAUCUGUAACAAUUCGUCCAUCUGAUGAUCAACAUUUACCAACAGCUAAUACAUAUUUUGCUAAAAAAAUGCCUGGUUUAGAUGAUGUUCAGCGUGUAAUUGUUGUGUUGUCGGGCAAAGGAGGCGUGGGAAAAUCGACUGUAUCCGUUCAAUUAUCAUUAUGUUUAAAAAAUCUUGGCUAUCGUGUUGGUUUACUUGAUGUUGAUUUAUGUGGUCCAUCGAUUCCACGAAUGUUUGGUUUAGAAACAACAUCGAAAAAUAUUGUUUAUGAGUCUGAACAAGGUUGGACACCAAUUUAUAUAGACGAAAGUAAAACAUUUUGUAUAAUGUCAAUUGGAUUUUUACUUGAAAAUUUGAAUGAUGCUAUUAUAUGGCGAGGUCCAAGAAAAAUGGCAAUGAUUCAACGUUUAAUAACUGGUGUUAAUUGGUCUAAUUUAGAUUAUUUAAUUAUAGAUACACCACCAGGUACAUCGGAUGAACAUAUAACAGUAAUGAAUAUAUUAAAACAAGCAAAUAGUGAAAAAACGAAAGAUUAUUUACGUUCAGUAUUAGUAACAACUCCACAAAUGUUAUCUGUAAAUGAUGUUCGACGUGAAAUAACAUUUUGUAAUAAAACUGGUUUUCAUAUAUUGGGUAUAAUUGAAAAUAUGAGCGGUUAUAUUUGUCCACAUUGUACAGAAUGCACUAAUUUAUUUGCUAAAGGUGGUGGACAAUUAUUAGCACAAGAAUAUAGUUUACCAUUUUUAGGCAUGAUACCCAUUGAUAAUCAAUUAAAUUCAAUACUUGAUUCAGGAAUAUAUUCAAAUAAAGAAAAUAAUCAAGAAAAACAAUUUUUUGAAACAGAAGCAGUAAAACUAAUUUCAAUAAUGGUGAAACAGAUAAUUGAACAAUGGUAA